AUAAAACAUGGCGGACAGGAGCAGUGAAGGCUGCAUCGGUUGAGCUGCUGGCAGUUUAAACACCACAAAAGGGCCACACAGCCGCCGUGGAAGGGCCCGGCGUGUAGGGAGGGCAGUGCCGUGUGAGCAAGGGGAGGUUUGUCUCCGAGCUGGAAGAAAACUUUCAUUUAUUUUUUUGUUUUCCUGGAAAAGAGAUCCCGAGCGAGCUGAAACAAGUCGGACAUGAACGGGGAGAUUGUGUGCAAUAGCCACUCAGUCACCGUCCUAAGCUCCAACAAGUCCAUAUCGUCAUUUAACGAUGAGAAGAUGAUCAAGCGGACACAGGAGGGAAUGUGCUCUCCAAAAUGCUACAAGCUCUUUGAUGCUCAGAGGCAGGGAGAGGGCUGGAGACGAAAUACCGUCAGCACAAAUACUGCAGACUCAAAGACAGAGAUGGAGAGCAGCUACAGCCAGUGUUCACCCUGCUGGCCAGAUGAACAGCUCCUCUGCACUCAGACCUGCCUGCUUUCGCCUACCGAUCGCUCCCUGCCUCGCAGCCCCGGCUUAUCUCACGCUCCCCUCCACGCCAACAACAGCCACCAGAGGCGAGCAGUCCGCCCCAAGGUCAAAGGGAAGAAAUCCACUCUAAGAAUCACAGGGGGAGGGAACUCCCAAAACCGAAAAGUUACUGACUACUAUCCAAUAAGACGAAGCUCGAGAAAAAGUAUAACCGAGCUAAAGUGUGAAGAAAAGAAGCACAUAGACGAGCUCAUCACAAACGGAAUAGAGGAGGGGAUGGAGGUGCAGCAUAUAGAAGGAAAGGGAAGAGCAGUGUUUGCCACUCGGUGUUUCCAGAAGGGCGAGUAUGUAGUGGAGUACUACGGAGACCUGCUGCAGAUCACUGAUGCCAAAAAGAGGGAGGCCGAAUAUGCUCAAAACCCUGCCACUGGCUGCUACAUGUACUACUUCCAGUACCUCUGCAAAACCUACUGCGUGGACGCCACAAAAGAGUCUGAUCGAAUGGGUAGGUUGAUAAAUCACAGCAAAAAUGGAAACUGCCAAACCAAACUCCACGACAUCAACGGUGUCCCUCACCUCAUCCUCGUUGCCUCUCGAAACAUUGACAAGGGUGAGGAGUUGCUGUAUGAUUAUGGAGAUCGCAGUAAAGCCUCCAUCGCGGCUCACCCGUGGCUCAAAUAUUGAUUGAGGGAAAAGGGAAACGUACAGUAACACUUGUGUUUCUCAUUAGCUAGUGUACAAAAUGCCUUAGAAGCAGAAUGUGUACCCUUUUUGUUCCAAAACCGAGGAGACUGGAUGGGGUUCAUGUGUUUUUGGGGGGGCAUUUUGAGGUCAAUCUGCCUUGUCAGAUGACAUCUGUAAUUUUUAUUUAUGUGUAUAUGAAACAUUCUGGUUGUUUUGCAGCACAUUUAUUUUGUACAUUUUGUAUUACUUAUAGACCAAUGCUUCUACAGCAUGCAGGUGGUAGUUAAUGCUCUGCAUUUUUAUACGCCUUUUUCUUAAUUAGUAGUUAGCAAUACUUAUAUUUAUGGCCCCAGAGCCCUUUUUGGAUCAGCAGGAACUAUGAGAUGCAAAUUACAAACACACAAAAAAAAAAAAGUCUGUUCUUGAUUUGAAUUUGAUUUCAACUCUCACAAUCUACCGUCGCUCAGUGGAAGUGUAAUAGUUUAUCAAACUCCUGGUAAGCUGGUAUUUCUGGAUCUUGAAAAAAAUUUAGUAUUUAACUUUUUGAAGUAUAAAAUAACAGUAGGAUUACAUAGGAAUAAAGAAAUUGGUCAAAUGAAUACUUUUCCUCUGUUUUCAAGCCUUUUACUUUUAGACAAUAUUGUAUUUUUUAAUAUUUAAGAUGCACAAUACAUUUGAAUCAUGUAGUCAGUGUUCAAAUAAUUCAAAUGUGUUCUGCAAAUCCCUACACUAUAUCCUGUCUGUUUAAACACAAAUGUUUAUGAAAGUUAGGUAGGUAAAUAUAAAAAAUAUAAAAACAUACAUUCUUCAGCUCACGACACUGUCUAUCUAACUGCACUGUGUAAAUAUAUUUAUUUGCUGUUGCAAAUCAAAGGGUGGUUUAAAGGAACAGUUUGACAUUUUGGGAAAUGAGUUUUUUUCACUUUCUUAUAAAGAGUUCAAUGAUUUCACUCCUGUGUCUCUACAUUGUAUAUCAGAGCUAACCCGACACGCAAAAUCAUCAUCAAAGUAGACUAAUUUGUUUUAUUUCCAUUUUCCGAUUUUUUGACCGUUAACAAUUAACCUUAAAUUCAGCGUAACACACUUUUAACACCAUUAGUUUGCCCUAUUGUGCUGCUGAUUGUAGCCCAUUAGAGCCUCCUUGUCAUGUUCUGAGUGACGGAAAAAUCCAAACCCUCUUCACUUUUAUUGGUAGUUAAAAACAAAAUCACAGGAAACAGAAUUGACAUUUAAUGUAAAAAGUCUAAACUUUAACUGAACAGAUGUAAACCUUUACAAGGCUUUCAUCACAAAGCUAUGACCAAACAAUCAUUUGAAUUGGCAAAUUGUGUCGUCAUGUGUCACUGGCUUUGUCUGAAGGGAACAAAAUCUUCCUACCAGUACUUCACUAAUUAACAUGUUUGUUUUAAUCUAUACAUAAACAAAGUGGGAAAGACAAGAUAUGGGAAGCUCUUCCUUUAAAAAACAACAACAAACAAAACGGGUUAAAGCAUAAACCAAAUUACUGACAGAAAAGUCUUGCAUUUGUCACAUACACUUUGUUUAUGCACACAAAGUGGCCUCUCCCAACACGUCCACGUCUUUGGUGAACUGUUACACUCCUACUGUAUAUUGUAGAUCUUUGCAGGUUUUCAACACAUCUGUUCUUCCCGCUCACAAAACUGUUUUAUUGUUCUCAACCGGAUGUUCCCUGGGAAAGUAUUUAACAGCUUGAACCGCCAACAGGUCAUUUCCUACUUAAUAUUUUAGUGGCUUUUUUUUUUUUUUUUUAAUUGUCAGAUCUUAUUUAUCUUAAUUUGUGUUGGAUUUAUUGCUGAGAAACAAAUUAUAUUUCUUUUAACUAAUUGGUAGGACAUUUCAGCUUCUGCGCAUUACGAUACAGAUGACAUAAAACACAGUGGCAGUAUUUUAGAUUCAAUAGUCACGUUCUUUUGGUCAAAUCACUGACUACAAAUUAAUGCACCACAGAAAAAUACACAUGCAGUGCAGCGGUUGUGGUUUUGAACACUGCUGGAUAACACAGUGGGGCAGGUUACUCCCGAUUCCUGGAAGUGUUCAAAUCAGAAUAAUAAAGCAGAAGUUUUAAAGCAUAAGCCUGGUGAUAAUCUGUAUUUUUGUUUCUGUCAACAAAUCCCAUGAUAAGACGAAACCCAACAAGGUUUCCUACUUACUGUUUGUCGAAAGCCCAUUUGUUCCUAAUGAAGACGCAAAUAUAUAGUUUCAUAUUUUAAAAGACUCAUUAAUGUCCUAAAACAGCUGCUCACUGUAGGUUUUAAUCUAAAGUGGGGGAAAUAGUGCAUUUGUUGGGUGACUAUUUUCAGUGGCAGAUUAAUCCACAUGUGGUGCUUUAGGGAGCAGCAUGACGAUGUAAAGUAUGUAGGACUGAGUCAGAAUAAACUACAGUGUGGGUUCAUGGUGAUGAAGGAACAUGUCACCUGGUGCAGCACUGAGGCUCACAGAUGGGUUUAUUUUCUUUCUUUCUUUUUUUUUAGAGGGAGAAGAGAUAUCAAGCUGUGAGUCACAGUUAAUUGUUAGUGGGAUCAAUUCUCUGUUGGAUUUUGUCUUUUCAGGGAUGUGUUGACAGUACAAGAAAUUUAAAACAUCACUUAUCCUAAUUUAAAUUCAUUAACAGGAGCGGCUAUAACACAACUAAAAUGUGUACAUUUUUAAUUGUACAUUUUAAGUACAAAGGCAUUGUUUGAAUUCAGUGGUUGAGCAUAUAAGCAUGAUGAAUUUAAAUGCAUUUGUGCUCCAAUUUAAGUAGAAAUUUAAAAUAUAUCUUACCAUUGUAAAACAUCAUUCAGUCACUUUCUCUUCUUAUAGGUGCUGUUUGUAUUAUUGCUAGUAUUUAAAUUAUUUUUGUUUAUUAUGAAUUAUUUGUCAUUAUUUUGGGGGCUCCGUCUUAAAAAAGGAGUUUGAAGUUUGGGAGAUAUAAAUGUGUUUUUCUUGCCUAGAGUUAAAUGAGACGAUGGAGACGACUCUCUUAUCUUUAUUUCAAAUAUGAAGCUACAGCUACAAGAUGGUUAGCUUAGCAUAAAUAUAGCGAGGCCUGGCUCUGUCCAAACGUAACUAAUAUCACCUACCAGCACCUUUUAAAGCUCACUAAUGAUGUUUUAACUCGUGUAAAUAACUGAGCAAAUAAUUUGUCUUUAGGGCUGCCGGUAAGUGGAUUUGGAAAAAAAAAAAUGGUGGAGCCAGGCUAGCUGUUCCCACCUGUUUUCAGUCUUUAUGCUAAGCUAAGCUAAUUACCUCCUGACUGAGAGUGGUAUCAGAUCUUCUUAUCUAAGUCUCGGCAAGAAAGUGAAUAAGCGACUUUCUGAAAAUAUUGAACCCUCUGAAUUUAUUUGUAGCAAGUUUAUUUCCAAAUUAUGCUAAAAUAAAAAGAGACCUGGCUGUCGUACCAAAUGUUUUCCAUCCACUCUGGGUACUCCUCUGUGGCUGUUCAGGUUGCACAGCAGAUUUAAAUAUGUUAAAAGUGUUCAAAAAUCAUGAAAGGACGACUAGUCCAGUUAUUAAAGUUUCCAAAAAUAUUCAGCAUAUUAUUGAAAUUAAGGAUUCUUUUAAUUCCCUUUUUCAAAUUUAAUUCAGAUAUCAUUUAAAACGUCUCAUCAGUGUUAAUACAAAGAGCCCAGUCGUGUGUGUGAGAAAGCAAGUUUCAGGAAAUCCACAGUGUAAUAAAUAAGAGACAUUCUGACCUUCCUUCUCAACACCUGCCACCUCCAACAGUAGCAUUGUGUCACACGUGUGAAAUGUUUUCUUAUGAGCCUUUCUUAAACAAAUAUGUUGCAUUAAGGAUUAUUCCAUGCUUUGUGAAGGCCUAACGCAAUAAUACCAGAGGGGCAAGACUGACCUGCCAUUUUAGGACAUAAUAGAUCUUUGCUGUUGUAGCGUUGAAUAAAUCUUAAUGCUGGGGUUUAGGCAUCGAUGAAUAAAGAUGUGUUAUGCAAGUAA